AUGAUGAUACCAAGUCAUGUACUCAAGUUCCUCAGCCAACUUCCUGUCUCUGAGAACGAGUAUUAUGGCAAUAGUGACUUGAAGGGAUCUUCCGCCGCACCAGAAACCCUUUUGCCUCAUCAAGAGUUUCGAAAGUCGUUAAAGGGCCAAGAGGCUUCUAUACCAAACUUAUACAGCUUGUUACCGGAGUGGUCGCCACGGCUCCACAAAGAAUAUGAAAGAGCUCGUGAUGAAGUGGUUAAUCCUUGGCUUCAGCGUUGGGUUGACGACCCUCGUACUUGCGUGAAAUUACAAAAAGCAAAUUUUACCGUUUUUGCAGCUAUUUACUUUAUUUGGGACGAUCCAUAUUUGAAAAAAUGCAAGGAAUAUUUCCAAUAUCACCUUUUGGAGAUUGGGGAGCACCCGGAUCUGUCAAGUUUUUCCAAAGAACAACAAAAAGCGUUGCUUUGUUGGAAUGAAGUGGGCCAACACGUCCGCGAAACAUGUAGCAAGGACUCCAUCUUCCAUGGAGAGGAGGUUCCUUCACUGGCAGAAUAUUGGCAUCGCCGAGAUCUUACAGCAGGUGUUUAUCCAGUAAUAGCUACUCUUCCAACGAAUGAUAUGCUAUCUAUGCGAAAGGAAGCAAGAGACAACCAAAUUGAGAAUCUUGUUCCAGUGCUGAUGAUGAACUACGGGAUUGAUUGCGGUGCAGCGAUGCAGACAAGCUUCCAGAUGGCAAAGGAUGAAGUCAAAGGCAUACUUGCUGUUGAGAGCUGUCUUCGAAAAAGCCUUGGAGAAAACGAUAAAUCCAAUAUAUUUUUGGAUUCUUUUAUCAAGGGCUGCAAAGACGUUGCAAUGGGGCUCGUUCACUGGAGCUACAGCGGUGAACGGUAUUUCAAAAGGCAAGAUAUCGGUGAUGACAAGACGAUAACCUUUAGCGUAUGA